AUGUCGGAUCCGAUACCAAUCCCUAGGGCGCAAAGCCAUGAAGCAUUUGAGGCCGAGGCUGCGGCGGCAGAUCUCCCUAGUAGUUUAGGAUCUACCCACGAUGGAACCGAAGCCCUCACACCCGGCUGGCAGUCGUCCACCCCGGGGAGCCCGUAUAUCUUGUCAAGAAAUCCAUCCUAUGUCGGGAGUCAGUCUCAUCAGGAAGACUGGGAGAUACCGUUGGACAAGCUAACGUUUUUCGACAUCUUCGACAAUCUAGCCUUGCCCUCGAAGCUGGAAAAAUGGCAGGCCACGCUAUCGGCACAAAAAGAGAAGAUAGCAAAACAACAAGAGAGGAUUCGGACGUCAGGAAACAAUGCCAAAGAUAGAGCCGUGGCCGAAUGGCGCAAGCGAGUGCCCACUGCCGACGAACAGCUCGCCAAGUACCGGUCGCGCAUGAAGAAAUCGGUCGACGAGCUCAACAAGAGAUGGAACGACACAGUCACGGUGUCUGUACGAGAAAAGGUGUCCUUCAUUUCCGCCGUCCUCAACGUCUUCAUAAGCGGAUACCUAAUCGGGGCCGUGCCCGAGUACUUUUACUACUGGUUUACGAUACAACUAUUAUACUUUAUGCCCAUCAGGCUCAUCACCUACCGGCAAAAGGGCUACCACUACUUCCUCGCAGAUCUAUGCUACUUUGUCAAUUUCCUCCUGCUGCUCACGAUCUGGGCCUUUCCGCAGUCCAAGCGCCUCCUCAUCAGCACCUACUGUUUAGCCUACGGCAACAACGCGGUGGCGAUCGUCAUGUGGCGCAAUUCUCUGGUCUUCCACUCACUGGAUAAAGUGACCAGUCUUUUCAUCCAUGUGAUGCCACCAGUCGCCCUGCACUGCAUCGUCCAUUUGACACCGGAUGAGUUCCUGCACCACCGUUUCCCAGCGGUGUACACCAUCAAAUACAGCCCGCCCGGCUCAAAGGAGCACUACAGCCUCUGGGCGAUGCUAGGGUGGGCUUCACUGCCCUACGCUGUAUGGCAACUCUCAUACCACUUCUUGAUCACCGUUCGAAGACGCGAAAAGAUCGCCGCCGGCCGCCCGACCUCCUUCACAUGGCUUCGCAGAUCAUACGCGACGACAUGGAUCGGCAAAAUCGUCAUCUCGCUCCCAAAUGCACUGCAAGAGCCGGCGUUCAUGCUCAUCCAGUAUAGCUAUGCCUUGCUCACCAUUCUCCCCUGCCCAAUCUGGUUCUGGUACAGGUGGGCCAGCGCAUCGUUUCUCCUGUUCGUCUUCAGCUGGAGCGUCUGGAACGGCGCAAACUACUACAUGGACGUCUUUGGCAAGAGGUUCCAGAAGGAACUGGAGCAGAUGAAACGCGACGUUGCAAGAUGGCAAAAUAGUCCUGGCGCCAUGCUCAGCCCGCCCAGUGGGCCCGUUGACGACGGCGCCAAAGGUGAGAAUGGUCAAGGCAAGCGAAGAAGUAUCGAUCAGAUCCCUCUCUUGGACGAAACUCACCAGAAUGGGAAUGGCAAAGUAGACUCGAGCGCACGAUCUACAGGCACGGAUCUGCUCAACGAUUCGAAGUCUAGUGUCGUUGACAGGAAGUCUGUGUCGUAA